GCCAAGACAGACAAGACAGCGCUCUCUCUUCCUCCUCUACCCUCUGUCUCUGUUUCUCUCCGCCUGCCGCGUGUGUGUGUGUCCCACUCCGCUCCAGCCUAGUUUGUAGAGGGAGGGAAGGCGGGAGGGAAGGAGAGAGAGAGAGAGAGAGAGCGAGAGAGAGAGCAGCACACUUGACGCAUCGGAGGGAGUGAGCACAUCGAGGCUUCACUUUUCAAUAAGCGACCAGCGAGACAACACGCGCCGUCAACACAGAAAGGAGGCAGGGAUGGAGAUACAGUAGUGGACACACGCAGCCCAGCUGCUGAAUGUAGCGCUGCAAGAAAGGAAGAGCAGCAUCUUUUGCGCACAAGUCACACGGAUAUUUGUUUUUUUUUGGCUGGCAGCAUCGCCGCGACUCGACAGAGAUGUCCGUGUGCACAAUUUUGUUUAGGAAAUAAUACGGAUUAAUGUGAGACUGAAUUCCCUGGAGACAUAGAGGACAGAUUGGGAAACGGGAAACGUGCAAAUCGGAUGCCAUACAUCUGUGAUUGGAUGUGAGACUACUUUGACCCAACAAAAUUGAAGAUGAUGUUGCUAUGGAAACUGCUGGUGCUGCAGUCACUUAUGGGGUGCCUUGCAGAAAGAAGCGUCUUGCAGAGUCCCGUGUUCACCAAGCAGCCUGGGAGCAUCGUGUAUCCUGUGGAGACGGUGGAGAGGAACAGGGAGGUGGUGUUCAGCUGUGAAGCCCAGGGAAGCCCUCCUCCCAUGUACCGAUGGAAACUGAAUGGCACAGAAAUCAGUCCCAAAUCUGGAUCUCAAUACAGCCUUUCUGGAGGCAACCUCAGAAUCAGCCAUCUGAACAAAGACCAAGAUGCUGGAACGUAUCAGUGCCUCGCCUCCAACUCUUUCGGGACCAUCGUCAGCCGAGAGGCCAGUCUAACCUUUGCAUACUUGGAGGACUUUAAGACUCACAGAAGAAGCUCUGUAUCGGUCCGCGAAGGUCAAGGAGUGGUUCUGCUGUGCGGCCCUCCACAACAUUCUGGAGAGCUCGUAUUCUCCUGGAUCUUUAACGAGUACCCAACGUUUGUGAAGCAGGAUACACGUCGUUUCAUCUCACAGGAGACAGGGAAUCUGUAUAUUGCCAAAGUGGAGCCCUCAGAUGUUGGCAACUACACCUGUGUGGUGACCAACACUGUCACAAAGACCCGAGUCCAGGGUCCACCCACUCCGCUAGUGCUCCGCAGUGAUGGUGUGAUGGGUGAAUAUGAGCCAAAGAUUGAAGUUCAGUUUCCCGAGGUUGUUCAUGUUGCCAAAGGAUCCACUGUAAAGCUGGAAUGCUUCGCUCUGGGAAACCCUGUACCAUCUAUAAACUGGAGAAGAGUGGACGGUGUACCCUUCCCGAGGAAAGUGGACAUGAGGAAAGCCAGUGGCGUCUUGGAAAUCCCAUACUUCCAGCAGGAGGAUGCCGGCAUGUACGAGUGCGUGGCCGAAAACUCCAGGGGAAUGAACACAGUGAAAGGAAAGCUCUAUUUCUACGCACCUCCUCAUCUCAUUGAGAAACCGCAAGAUGUCCAGAAGCUUAUUGAUGACUCGCUGGUGUGGGAGUGCAAAGCCACAGGGAAGCCGAAGCCUUCUUACAGGUGGAUGAAAAAUGGAGAGAACCUGGAGUCUACAGAGGAACGGAUACAAGUGGCCAACGGAGCGUUGUCAAUCAGUCGUCUGACCCUGACCGACACGGGAAUGUACCAGUGUGUGGCUGGAAAUAAGCACGCUGAGGUCUACUCCAAUGCGGAACUCCGAGUAAUAGCUGUUGCCCCAGAUUUCUCUCACAACCAACUGAGGAGCCAGACGCUUGUGAAGGUGGGAGGAGACGUGCUUGUCGAGUGCAAGCCUAAGAUGUCGCCUUGGGGUGUGGUCUCGUGGCGGAAGGGCAGCGAACCACUCCGAGAAACUAACAGGGUGUCAAUUCUGGACAACGGUAACCUCCGCAUAUGGAAUGCAACCAAAUCUGACGCAGGUCUUUACACCUGUGUGGCAAGAAACCAGUUUGGCGUGGCGAGCAGCACAGGAAGCAUCACAGUUAAAGAGCCGACCAUCAUCACCACACUGCCGUCCACGCUUGACAUCACUGUGGGGGAGAGCGUGGUCCUGCCCUGUCAAGUGAGCCACGAUCCAUCACUGGAGCUCAAGUUCACCUGGUUCUUCAACGAGCAGCUCAUCCACUUCGGCAGCCACGGUGGAUACUUUGAAAAAGUGGGAGGUCAGCAUUCCGCAGGAGACAUUAUGAUUCGAAAUAUCCAGCUGAGGCAUGCAGGGAAGUACACGUGCGCUGUGCAAACAAAGGUGGACAGCAUUUCCAUUGCUGUGGACUUGGUAGUCAGAGGUCCCCCAGGCCCCCCCACCAACAUCAAUGUAGAAGACAUCUCUGAUACCACAGCCUCUCUGUCCUGGAGGCCUGGUCCUGAUAAUCACAGUCCAAUUACGGCAUACACCAUCCAGGCCAGGACACCAUUUUCCCUUGGGUGGCAGGCUGUCACCACAGUUCCUGAGAUGGUGGGGGGCCACCGACUGACAGCUACAGUAAUAGACCUGAGCCCUUGGGUGGAGUAUGAGUUUCGAGUUCUGGCAAGCAACACCAUCGGGACCGGCGAGCCCAGCAAGCCAUCCAAACAAGCAAGGACAAAAGGGACCUCUCCGAAGGUCACACCAGCUAAUGUGAGUGGAGGCGGUGGCAGUCGCUCGGAAUUAGUCAUCACAUGGGAGCCUGUUCCAGAGGAGCUGCAGAACGGAGCAGGGUUCGGCUAUGUUGUGGCUUUUCGACCCCACGGCGCCACAGGGUGGAUGCAGGCUGCUGUCCCAUCUGCCGAAGCAUCCAGAUAUAUCUUUAAAAAUGAGAGCAUCCAACCUUUCUCACCUUUCCACGUGAAGGUUGGGGUUUACAACAAUGAGGGGGAAGGGCCAUUUGGACCCGUGACCACCAUCUACUCUGCUGAGGAAGAGCCUGGCCGAGCGCCCACCAGGGUCCGUGCUAAGAGCCUCUCUGCAUCAGAGAUUGAAGUUUCUUGGAAAGCUUUGCCUUGGAAUUCCAGCAAGAAAAGAGUGCUGGGAUAUGAGCUGAGGUACUGGAGUAGAAGUGAAAAGGAAGACACGGCCAGUAUGCAAAGGACCGUUGGAAAUCAAACGUCCACUAUUAUCCGUGGGUUGAAAGGCAGUACCGCGUAUUACAUCUCAGUGAGGGCGUAUAACACUGCUGGGGGUGGGCCUCCCAGCACCACUGUCAACGUCACCACCAAAAAACCACCUCCCAGUCAGCCACCAGUUAAAGUGACAUGGAACACAUCAAACUCCAAGAUUGUAUUGAACUGGGAACAGGUCAGGGCCCUGGAGAAUGAGUCAGAGGUCACUGGUUACAAAGUGCUGUACAAGAAGAAUCGGCACAGCCGCCCCAACGUCAUGGAAACCAACACAACCUCUGUAGAGCUCGCUCUGCCCACUGAUGAGGAUUAUAUCGUACAGAUAAAGCCGUUUGGAGAGGGAGGGGAAGGCAGCAGUAGCAGGCAGAUCACCAUCCGAGGGAUACCAGGUCAGUGGAAAGCUAGCCCCAACGCAGUCGGCUCAGCAUCCAAGGUCUCAACUCUAUCAGCACUCAGUACAAUAGCACUGUCUUUCACAGCACGGACAUCUUUAUGACAAACAGCUUCCAGCAGACGUUGCAUCUGAUGUGCAGACAGCUCAACGGCGGAAUGCAAACACAGCCCACUCUGGUGUGACUAGAUCCAUUCAUUUAGAUUUUAGAGGCAGGAAGGAAGAUGCUGACGGAAAACGAAGAAAAAAGAAAAAAAAAAAAAAAAAACACCAUCGAGAUGACAGGAAAGGACUCCCAUUCAGCACCCAUGUUAAGUAAAAGGGGAUUGACUGAUGUCGCGACUAUGUUGUUACCAAAGCAGCUUUCAUAAGAAAAAAAAAAAAAGAAAAGAAAAAAGUCUUGAAUGCAUCUUUUUGUAUGACAUGUUGAGCUUUUAUAGAUUUUUUUUCAUAAUUAUUUUAAUGUUGGUCUGGGCUUUCUGGGGUGAAAACAAUUAAGCGUGUGGCAAAUUACAUCAUCAAUUAUCCAAGUCUGGAGUUUAGGAAUCUGAUCGGACAGUGCACCUUUUCUCUUCUAAAAUAUUUACAUGUAACUUUGGUUGUAAGACACCAUAAUCGCUUAUUUUAUGAAGUGCGUGUUCUAAUAGGCUUAUCUCCUACAACUCUGCAUUCAUGUAUCUGCAAUAUUUCAAUCAAAGCACUGCAUCAACAUGUUUGGUGUUUGUUGAUAUUGGUCAUUAUUCAAGUACUGCUAAUGGAGAAGGGAUAAGCGUUUCAAAUCACGUGUCACCAGACAGCACGUUCUAAAGGAAGUAGCUGGUGAAAGUUAAUUCAGAAUGGACAAGAUGGACUUGAAAUUUCUUAAGUGUGUUCUAUCUGCAAGAAUGAGGGGACAAAACAAAUAUUUUGGGGGUUUCCUCCUAAAGAAAAUCAUGUUUACUGGCUCUAACUGCGUAAAGAAAAAGGUUCAGAUUCAUGUCAAAUUUAUCUAAAUGCAAUACUCACAUACCAUUUCUGCGUGUAUAUUCCUGUAAUCAUUUCUACUGUCCAUACUGGCCCUUCAAAACAUUUCUGCACUGUGCAGGAUAUUAGACAAAAUCCUGGCAGUGUUCAGCUUUCUGAAUAAGCUUUAAGCGAACAUAGAUUGGUAGUCACAGCAAUUUUCUCAUGAAAUUACACUGACGCUGAUAUUGUGAGCAUUUUGAAUGUGAUGCUUCCUGGAACUCAAAUGUCAGGUAAGGAUGUUAUUCGGAUCACAAACAGCACUUAAAAGCUUGAACUUGCCAACAGGGGAAUUCUGAAGACUCAUAUUAGCUUCUGCUGAGCUCCAGAUUUCAAUUUUGCGAAUAAGGAGGACUGUCAAUGACGAUAGAAUUGCACUCGAAAGGGAGUACUCCAGGGCCAGUAAGGACAGAUUGAAUGUAUAUUGCUACCAAAAAAAUCUGUUGCCGUCAGAUAGCAUGGAGAAGAAAAAAAAAAAAAAGGAAAGAGCGUUUUUAGCACGUCGACAUUUUGUUCUCAGUCUUCUUGUAGAAGGGGACCAAGAAGUUCCAGAAAGUCAGAGUCCUAAAAGCCAUUCCAUGUGAGCUUGUUACCAGACACACAGCACCAUGCUCUACUGGAGAGCCCCUCCCCUGGGUUCCUCUAACUUUUUCAUAGGACCGCUUUGGUGAGCGGACCCUCGUGGCUGCCUCAUGCUCCUCUUCUUUCAGUCGGCCCUGUGUUUUCGAGCUAUUCUUUGCCUUCUGUGUGCCUCAUCAUAUGUUCAAAUUCCUCAGGUCCUUAAAGAGCCUUAACUUAUCAUGUGUAUAUCAAGAACAUUAGAAACAUAGAUCUAUGAAGCAGCCGCGGAUGUUUACAUGCUGCUGUGUUGAUACAUACUGUAUGUGGCUGGGUCACUAUGAUUAGUUUGGAUGGCAUUCUGCUGUUUUGCAUGGGAUUUUGGCAAUAUAUGAGGGCCCUGGCGCAUUUUUAUAGGUGUGUAUUCCCACUAAAAGACGAUGCUGCUGAUCUUUUCCUUUCCCAUUGUCUCCUAACGCCAUGUGGGCGUGCUGUGCUACAGAGGUACAGUGCAGUCUGUAUGUAGCUUGUAAUCCAGUGAAGUAGUUUGUACUUUGAAGGGAGGUGUGCUGUAGGCUACUGGGUCUUGCUUAGAUGCAAGAAAUGCAUCAAGAAAAUGUGUAAAAUACAGUUUUGUACACUUCAAAUCAUUUAUAUAAAAGAACCUUUCUAAAGAGAUUAUUUACUUUGUUUUUAUGUAAUGACUCUGUUUCAUACUGUAGCUAACUGUUGCGCAGCAUGACUGUGAGUCUUCUCUUUUUUGCCUAUCUGCAAACGGACUGAAUGGCUUUAUAGGAACAUGCAAGGUCCACGCAUCUGACAGGUUUGUGUAUAGGCCUAUUGUAUGUGUACCAUGGAAUCUGAACCAUGAUCAGCCUCCCCCCCCCCCCCCCCCCCCCCCCCCCCCCUUGUCUUUGCUUCUGUCUCAGUCAGCCCCUCUGAAAUGUACUGCUGGUCUUCUGUCCAUAUACGCCCCUACAUGAAGGGUUUCCUCUGUUGCUAUUUGUUGUUUAUACUGUGUUAAUAAAUAUUAUUGAUUUAUAGAACCGGACCCUCAUCACGUUCUGUUGAAACAUACGUCAAUACAAAUGACCUACAUACAGGAGUAGUUCCACUUGAGCAUUUUCUCAGACUACAAAGAAACUGAAUGACAUAAAAUAUCUGGAUUUCACAGUUAAGAGGACCUGAUCAUCUUCAUUAUUUCAUUAGAAUACACUGAAGUGAUUACGCACUCUAUUGGGUAAGAAGACAAAUGGAGUAAAUGGUAAAUAGACUUGAGCUUGUAUAGCGUUUUUCUAGUCUUCUGACUACUCAAAGUGUUUUUACACCGCAUGUCACCCCUACACAUUCACACACUGAUGGUAGAGGUUGCUAUGUAGAGAGACCAUCAGAAGUAACUAAUCCCAUUCAUAAACAUGCAUACGCCGCUGACAAAUCAACAGGAGCAAUUCGGGGUUAAUGUCUUGCCCAAGGAUACAUCGGACAUGUUGCUGCAGGAGCUGGUGACCGAACCCCCAACCUUCCUGUUGGGAGGCGACCGGCUCGACCCACUGAACCACAACGGCAGGAUUGUUGACUUAAUCAUCUUAAUUUUAUAUUAUUAUUAUUAUUAUAGUUUAAGAGCACAAAACACUGCAUCAUA